GCAGCGCGCCGUAAGGGUUGACUAAACCCCCUUGUGUGUCAGCUGCGGGAUUCGAACCCGCGACUCGUCACCGACCCAAGUGGGCGAGGCUCAAAUCGGGACUUAUCUACCAGCGAAGUGACCAACUACACCAGCCGACAGCGUUAUAUAUAUGAGGCGGGGCAACGAUCCGAGCUCGGAGAUUUCCGGGAUCCCCCAUCCAUCCUAUUUAGGACCAAUAACCACCCACUACUGCCUUCCUCAUUGACAUCGCAUCCCACAAGCUGUGUUUUAGCACCGAGGCCAUCAUUCAGAGAUGAGCCCUGCGGAAGCAAACAACUAUGGUGCCGAUGCUGGUCGGCAGAUAACACCAAGGCUCGAUGCGGCCGGUACCGUCGAUGAUGUCUCGACAACCGAUUCCGAAGAUGAUGGAGGAUAUCAACCUCUUUGGGUCAAGCUGGCGUGCAUCCUGGUCGACUUUUUGACGCAGAUGUACGACCAAGUCAGAAUCGUACCCGAGAUCGCGCUCUUCGAACGGUCGAUAUGCCUCAGCUACUACUCUGCCCACGAUCCCUCCGUUAUUGGGCCAGGGCAGUUGGUUCCGGAGUUUCUGUGCAAGAUUCCGCCUGUGCAGCAGAAACUUGCUCACUUGAGAGGCUGGAAGGCUUUCUACGAUGGACUUGCGGUGCUCUUGACCGCAAUACCAAUGGGCAUUCUUGCCGACAGAUUUGGGCGUAAGAAGAUCAUCGCAAGCAGUAUAGCUGGGCCUAUAGCUGCUACAUCCUGGAUACUUUUGGUCGGUCUGGGUGGUCUCGGAGGUGGAAAAAUCACCAAUAUCUGGUGGUCGUCCCUUUUCUUCCUCUUUGGGAAUCUCUCAUCUGCCAACGCAACCCUCUACGCCGUUGCUGCAGACUCGUGUCCCCCUUCGAAGAGAAGCCAGUACUUCUACUACUUAUACUCGACCUUCUUGGUCUGUGAGCUGGUUGCACCUGCCUUGGCGUCCGUCACAAUCAACAAGCAGCUCCUCAUUCCAUUCGGCGUGGGCCUGGGGUGUCUGGUGCUCUGCUUUCCGAUCCUGGCCAUCAUGCCCGAGACUCACAAAAGGCACAAAAAGCCCCUGCCCAAGUCUCGAGCGGAUGGACAAACUGACGACCAUGACCCCGAGGCCGCUCCACUGAUUUCGCGAACGCCCGGAGCUACUUCAAACUCGCCGAGCUUCCUCUCCAUCCUGAAACAGAGGAACUUAAUCAUCGCCUUCAUCGUGUCCUUCGUAGGCGCAUUCAGGAUUGCCACGGUGUCAGUCCUUCUCCAGUACACCGCCGCUCGGUUCGGCUGGCCCAUUUCACGGACCGCGAUCCUGGUCUCUGCUAUUGCCGCUAUGAACAUCGUUUUGUUCCUAGGUCUCUUACCGCAAGUAAUUGCAUAUUUGACCACCAAGCGGCACAUCCCCCCCCAGCUUAUUGAUUAUCAGGUCGUCCGUGCAAGUCUUUGCAUACUGGCCUUGGGUGCUCUGCUCAUGGGUUUGGCGCCGUCGAUGUACAUGCUUGUUCCCGCGGUGCUUCUUUUCGCGUCUGGGUACGGUACUCGUGUUGCAGUCCUGUCCAUAGUGUCAUCCUGGACAACCGACAAUGUGCGGGCUCGAGUUUUCUCAAUAGCUCAGCUUCUCGAGAACACGGGGAGAAUGGCCUCGGACCCGAUGUUGUUGAGAAUAUUCGCUGCAUCUAUACCACUAGGUGGAUUCUGGCAGGGUCUGCCUUUCUUCGUGGCUGCUUCGUGCUUUGGUGCUGGCGCCUUGGCUUGGAGGUUUGUUCGAGUCGAACCCAGAAGUCAGCAACGGGGAUAAUGAGAAGGUAAAUCAGAACUUUGAUUGGAAUCUGGUUGGGAAGGAGGGUGGACGAGACCUCUGGGGUACCCUGGGGUUCUCUGGCAUCGAUGCAAAGCUAUCAGAUCAUGCCAACAAUUAGACGCG